CCAUGCCGGUACGAUAGGGAGCCCCUAUCCUUCCACCGCGCACUCCGCACUUGUCUCCCGCACUUCUCCCUUUCCCGCGCAAGCCGCCACCACAGCCCGUCCUGCGCUUCUCCCUUUCCCGCGCUCCCGCCGCAGCCGCCACCGAUGUCUCAUCUCCCGCCGACCACCGACGCCUCUGGUCGCGAUGGACUGCCACCCUUGCUCCCUGGUGGUCCUCUGCCGCAGAUGAAGGCCAAGGCGAGGCCGAGGCCGUGGGGCGGCUCUGCUGCCGGCGCCACCGCGAAGAAGGGCCGAGUCAACCCGGCUUCGGCUUUCCUCUCAGUCCCAUCUGCCGCCACCGCUGCUGAGAUGCCUCCGCCGCCGAGCCGGACGAGCCGCCCCGCUACACCACCACCGGUUGCAGCAGAGGGUACGAGUGUGGUGGUCGCUACCCCUGUUGGUGGUGUAUCAUUUGUGCAGGCGAUGGAUGAUGAGACGGAUGCAGAGAAAAUUUCAUUCUCUCUUCCUAAUGAUGAUCUUGCUAGCAAAGGAGUUGGGAAGAGGUCUUGCAAUUAUUCUAAUCAAGAGGACACUCAACUUUGCAAGUCAUGGGCGAGCAUUACCAUGGAUCCUAUUGUUGGUAAUGAGCAGCCGGAGAGGGCAUAUUGGAAGAGGAUUGCUAAGCAUUACCACAAAAACCGUGAUUUUAACUCUCACAGAAAUGCAAACUCCUUGGAGCAUCGUUGGAGCACCCUACAGAAGCACUGCAUGAAGUUUCAAGCAUGCUAUGAUCAAGUUGAGCGUAGGCAUCCAAGUGGCAUACCAUACAAGGAGCAUCUUAUUGAAAGCCAAGAGCUAUAUGCUUCCACCAACCACAACAGAGCAUUUCAGUAUGUCCAUUGUUGGCUCCAAGUUAGGAACAACCAGAAGUUUCAAGCACUUAAUUUCAAUGCCAAGAAGAGCAAGUCAUCUAGUCCAUUUGAAGGAACUGGUGAAGAGGAGGGAGAGGCCAGAAGCAAGAGUCCAAUUACUGAAUCAACACAGAAAAGACCACCAGGAAGGAAGCAAGCAAAGGACAAGGAAAAUAAUGAAGGUGAAUAUAGACCUUACGAGGAGGCACUCAAAGGUUUGCUGGAGAUCAAGGAGAUUGAAGGGAAGCUUAAGGAGGAGAGGUGGAGGCAGACCAAGAGCAUGAAAGAGCGCAAGAUCUCCAUUGAGGAGCGCAAGUUGAUGUGGGAGCAAGAAAAAAAGGUCAUGUUCUGUGAUGUCAACACAUUGGAGGGGAAUGUGAAGACGUAUGUGUUGGCAAUGAGGGCCAAGAUAGCAAAUGCAAAGGUGGCCGAGCUCAAGAGAAACUUUGGAGGUGCGAGUUCAAGCUUUGGAGGUGACUUGAGUUGUGAUGGUUUUACCUGUGGAGGUGUGUUUGGUGGUACUAGCGGCUUUGGAAGUGAAUUUGGUGGCAGUGGGAGCUACGGUGGUGGAGAUGGCAAUGGUGCCGACUUGAGCUAGAAUUAAUCCACACGGUGAUAGUUUUGUGGUGCUUCUCAUUGCACAUGUGCCAUGACAUCUUGCAUAAUAUUGCUUUGAUGCGUUGCAUGAACUAUUUUGUGAGAUGUUGCAUGACAUUCGAUACUAGUACGUGCCAAUGUUGGAAAAUUUUGAGCUUA